GAGGACGGAGCCCGGGGCGCAGCAUCCUGGCGCGGGCCUGGCCUCUAGCACUGCCGUCGGGGAAGGUCCCAGCGUGGUCAUGGCCCUGCGCGGCGCCCACCCGGGCCCGAGCCCCCCGCGGCCCGCGCUGUAACCCCGAGAAGAGGCGGCCUGGACGGCGCGGACGGCCAGGCGGGCGUCAUGGAGGAGGCGCACCUGCUCCCGGCCGCCGAUGUGCUGCACCGCUUCUCGGUGACCGCCGAGGGCGGCCUGAGCCCGGAGCAGGUGACCGGCGCCCGGGAGCGCUACGGCGCCAACGAGCUCCCAACUGAAGAAGGGAAGUCCCUGUGGGAGCUGGUGCUUGAGCAGUUUGAGGACCUCCUGGUACGCAUCCUGCUGCUGGCAGCUUUGGUCUCCUUUGUCCUGGCCUGGUUCGAGGAGGGUGAAGAGACCACAACAGCCUUUGUGGAGCCACUGGUCAUCAUGCUGAUCCUUGUAGCCAAUGCGAUUGUGGGCAUUUGGCAGGAACGCAAUGCCGAGAGUGCCAUCGAGGCUUUGAAGGAGUAUGAGCCCGAGAUGGGUAAGGUGAUCCGCUCUGAGCGCAAGGGAGUGCAGAGGAUCCGAGCCCGGGAUAUUGUCCCUGGGGACAUUGUGGAAGUGGCAGUGGGAGACAAGGUACCUGCUGACCUCCGCCUUAUCGAGAUCAAGUCCACCACGCUGCGGGUGGACCAGUCCAUCCUGACUGGAGAAUCCGUGUCUGUGACCAAGCACACAGAUGCAAUCCCAGACCCCAGAGCCGUGAACCAGGACAAGAAGAACAUGCUGUUUUCUGGCACCAAUAUCGCAUCAGGCAAAGCCCUAGGUGUGGCUGUGGCCACGGGUCUACACACAGAGCUGGGCAAGAUCCGGAGCCAGAUGGCAGCUGUGGAGCCUGAGCGGACACCACUACAGUGCAAGCUGGAUGAGUUUGGGAGGCAGCUGUCUCAUGCCAUCUCUGUGAUCUGUGUGGCAGUAUGGGUCAUCAACAUUGGCCACUUUGCCGACCCAGCCCAUGGUGGAUCCUGGCUCCGUGGUGCAGUUUACUACUUCAAGAUUGCUGUGGCUUUGGCUGUGGCUGCCAUCCCUGAGGGUCUCCCAGCAGUCAUCACUACAUGUUUGGCGCUGGGCACAAGGCGCAUGGCACGAAAAAAUGCCAUUGUGAGGAGCCUGCCCUCUGUGGAGACCCUGGGCUGCACCUCGGUCAUCUGCUCUGACAAGACGGGCACACUCACUACCAAUCAGAUGUCUGUCUGCAGGAUGUUUAUAGUAGCCGAAGCGGAAGCAGGCACCUGCCGUUUGCAUGAAUUCACAAUCUCGGGUACCACGUACACCCCAGAGGGCGAAGUGCGACAGGGAGAGCAGCCUGUGCGCUGUGGGCAAUUCGAUGGACUUGUGGAGCUAGCAACCAUCUGUGCCCUGUGCAAUGAUUCUGCACUGGACUACAAUGAGGCCAAGGGGGUGUAUGAAAAGGUGGGAGAGGCCACAGAGACAGCCCUGACAUGUCUGGUGGAGAAGAUGAAUGUGUUUGACACGGACCUGAAAACCCUGUCCCAGGUGGAACGUGCUGGCGCCUGCAACUCGGUCAUCAAGCAACUCAUGCGGAAGGAGUUCACCCUCGAGUUCUCCCGGGACCGGAAGUCCAUGUCUGUGUACUGCACACCUACCCGCCCUGACCCCAAGGCUCAGAGCAGCAAGAUGUUUGUGAAGGGAGCUCCUGAGAGUGUAAUUGAGCGCUGCAACUCAAUCCGUGUGGGGAGCCGCACAGUACCCCUGAACACCACUUCCAGGGAGCAUAUUCUGGCCAAGAUCCGGGAUUGGGGCUCAGGCUCUGACACAUUGCGCUGCUUAGCACUGGCCACCCGGGACACCCCCCCAAAGAAGGAAGACAUGAAGCUUGAUGACUGCAGCCAGUUUGUACAGUAUGAGACAGACCUGACCUUUGUGGGCUGUGUGGGCAUGUUGGACCCACCCAGACCCGAAGUGGCUGCCUGUAUCAUGCGUUGUUCCCGGGCGGGCAUUCGAGUUGUCAUGAUCACGGGGGACAACAAAGGCACAGCUGUAGCCAUCUGCCGCCGGCUUGGCAUCUUUGGGGACACAGAGGAUGUGCUGGGCAAGGCCUACACAGGGCGUGAAUUUGAUGACCUCAGCCCAGAGCAGCAGCGCCAUGCCUGCCGCACUGCCCGCUGCUUUGCCCGUGUGGAACCUGCACAUAAGUCUCGAAUUGUAGAGAACCUGCAGUCUUUUAAUGAGAUCACUGCCAUGACCGGCGAUGGGGUGAACGAUGCACCCGCCCUGAAGAAGGCAGAGAUUGGCAUUGCCAUGGGCUCAGGCACAGCUGUGGCAAAGUCAGCAGCAGAGAUGGUACUGUCAGAUGACAACUUUGCAUCCAUCGUGGCUGCAGUGGAGGAGGGCCGGGCCAUCUACAACAACAUGAAGCAAUUCAUCCGCUACCUCAUCUCCUCCAAUGUUGGUGAGGUUGUCUGCAUCUUCCUCACAGCAAUUCUGGGUCUGCCUGAAGCCCUGAUCCCUGUGCAGCUGCUCUGGGUGAACCUGGUGACAGAUGGUCUACCUGCCACAGCCCUGGGCUUCAACCCACCAGACCUGGACAUCAUGGAGAAGCUGCCCCGGAACCCUCGGGAGGCUCUCAUCAGUGGCUGGCUCUUUUUUCGAUAUCUGGCUAUUGGAGUGUACGUAGGCCUGGCUACAGUGGCCGCUGCCACCUGGUGGUUCCUGUAUGACGCCGAGGGACCUCAAGUCACGUUCUAUCAGUUGAGAAACUUCCUGAAGUGCUCUGAAGACAACCCGCUCUUUGCCGGCAUCGACUGUGAGGUCUUUGAGUCCCGCUUCCCCACAACCAUGGCCUUGUCUGUGCUGGUGACCAUUGAAAUGUGCAACGCCCUCAACAGUGUCUCGGAGAACCAGUCACUGCUGCGCAUGCCACCCUGGCUGAACCCCUGGCUGCUGGGGGCUGUGGCCAUGUCCAUGGCACUGCACUUCCUCAUCCUGCUUGUGCCGCCCCUGCCUCUCAUCUUCCAGGUGACCCCACUGAGUGGUCGGCAGUGGGGGGUGGUGCUCCAGAUGUCUCUGCCUGUCAUCCUGCUUGAUGAAGCCCUCAAGUACCUGUCCCGGCAUCACGUGGAUGAAAAAAAGAACCUGAAGUAAAUGCUAUGAGCAGAGAGGAGCCUCUGGUGUGGCCCUUGGACUGACAGUGUCCAAGCAUUUGUCCCCACUCCCACCCUGCCCACCACGCUCAGCCACCUGCCCACCAAGCCCUGCUGGACGCAACUGGCCAGAAGCAAGAAUGGCCACCUCCAGGCCCAGUCCCAGUCCCAGUCCCUACCCCAUUUAUAUUCCUCUCUGUAGCUCUGUCCCAGGAGCUGAGCCUAGGAGGGGCUGCUAAGCAACCAGAGCUAGCUGUAGGGCCACCACACAUCCCCCACAGCUCUGGUACUGCUCCCCUGCUUGGAGGCUGGGCCUUUGCUCUUUUGGUUUGCUUGGUAACUGGUACCUCUGCCCCAAUAGAGGACUCAUGGGGACCGUCUCACUGGCUCUGACCUCUUGCUUGGUUUGAGUCUGGAGCCUGGUUGACUGUGGGGAGGAGUCAGAGGAGACCAUCUGGGCCCAGCUGUGAACAUGAAGCAGGGGGGACAGCCCCUUCCACUUGGCUCUGCCUCCAUCAAGUCCACUCCUAAGAACCAGAGCCUGUGUCUGUUUAUAUAGGCCCCAGGGGGUUAAGGGGUCACAGAUAGGAACACAAAGAGCAGGAGGAGAAGCUGGACCGGGAACCCCUUUCCCAGGAGAUAGCCUGGGCUGCCUGUCUGAGCUUGGCCCUAUUCCCAGCCAUUGGCUCACUUCUCAGCUCAGGUUGACUCAGGGUAUCCUGGUCUGCCAAGCAGAGGCCAGCUUCACUGUCCGGGUCUCAGCUGCCUGAAACCUGACAUCCUUUGGUCCCUGCCCACUUUGUCCUUCCACUCAACCUGGUGUGAGGUCAUGUCGCUCGCUGCAAAGCUGGGUGAUUCUGAGUCUCCUGGACUCCUGGCAUCACUCUUGGUCCUCCCCCCACAUACGUCUUUGAGCCAAAAAGAUGUCACUAGUGUGGCUGCUCCCCAAAGGCACUUCCUCUCCCUCCCUCCUUGCAGGAAGAAAGCAUCUAGUGGGGGAUCUGUCAGAAGGUAGAAAAGCAACAUUUGAUGGACGGGGUUUUUGUUUUUGUUUUUCCUCUUAAUUGCUGUUGUGAAAACUUGCUAGGUGUAGCAUCACAUGGAGUAAGUGCCUGUCUUAUGACUUUGUCCCUCCUUGAGUGUGUGCAAUGUGAUUAUAUUUUAUAUGAAAAUCAAGACUCACAUCCCUGUUGUGACCCCCAGAAUCAGAAGCCCCCUCAGCCUGCCUCUCAGACCUAUGAGUUCCACAUUUGGUAGUUCAUUCUCCCGUGUAUCCUCCCUACCCUCUUGAAGGUUCUGGAGGGGCCCUAGAGAGAAACAGCUGGAAGGGGACUGGCAGGGACAGGGCCCUGUACCCACCUGCUGACGUGUUUUCUGGUAGAGAAAUAAAGGUGUGUGCUGGGGGA